AAUUUUAAUGCGAUUCCCUAAUCAAACACAUAUAAUCUCACGCAUUUAUAAACUAAACUUAAUCUUUGCUAGUCAGAGAUAUGCCAGCAUUAACCUCAUGGAUCAGAAUGAAUCACUCAAACCCAUGUGCGUGUUUUUGAAGCACACGUGAGAUAUAAAUAAAAACACACACCCCCCCGCUUCUAAUCGCAGCAAAGAGAAAUUUAGGGGGAAAAAAGAAAAAAUUGAAACAGAAAAAUAAACCCUUAACCUACACUCUCUAAACCCUUCUCCUCCUCCUCCUUCUUCUUCCUCUUUUUUUUCUGCUGCCGCACUGAAUGAAAGUGUGCAAUUGAGGUGUUUGUGAAAAUGUCGCAAUUAAAUUUGAUGGAUCACGCGCCCUCCACGCCGGGGAAGCAAAAACCAGAGAAAUCGCCGUACAUUAACCACCGAAUGAGGCUUCAUUCCUCACUCUCCAAGCUCACUAUCUUCUCCACCUUCGUCGUGGCCUUCCUCAUCUUCCUCUUCCUUUUAUCCCCUCCCUCAGCCACUACUCCUGCCCCGCGCCGCCGUACUCUUGGCGGCAACUCUUUCAAUUCCUCCGCCACCUCCUGGGGCGGCUCCGACUGGGAGAAGCGCGUGAGCAGGUCGGCGCGCCGUGCCUCCCCUUCCAGUCUCGCCGUCCUCAUCACCGGCGCAGCGGGAUUCGUCGGAGCGCACGUUUCUCUUGCACUCAAGCGCCGCGGUGACGGCGUCCUCGGCCUCGACAACUUCAAUCGCUAUUACGACCCGAACCUGAAGCGCGCCCGUCAGCGCCUCCUGGAACGCGCCGGCGUGUUCAUCGUCGAAGGCGACAUCAACGACGCCGCACUCCUCCGAAAGCUCUUCGACGUCGUGCCGUUCACACACGUGGCUCACCUGGCUGCUCAGGCUGGAGUCCGCUACGCAAUGCAGAACCCUUCCUCCUACGUCCACAGCAACGUCGCUGGGUUCGUGAACCUUCUAGAAGCAUGCAAGACAGCGAACCCUCAGCCCGCUGUGGUUUGGGCCUCGUCGAGUUCUGUGUACGGGCUCAACUCCAAGGUUCCUUUCUCCGAGAAGGACCGUACGGACCAGCCCGCGAGCCUCUACGCGGCAACGAAAAAAGCAGGGGAGGAAAUAGCCCAUAGUUAUAAUCACAUCUACGGGCUUUCAAUCACGGGCCUGAGGUUCUUCACGGUUUACGGGCCUUGGGGAAGGCCCGACAUGGCGUAUUUUUUCUUCACGAAGGAUAUACUGAAGGGGAAGCAGAUCACUGUGUUUGAGGCGCCGGAUGGUGGAAUGGUUGCUAGAGAUUUUACUUACAUUGAUGAUGUUGUGAAGGGGUUCUUGGGGGCUCUGGAUACAGCGAAGAAGAGUACCGGUAGUGGGGGAAAGAAGAAGGAACCGGCGCAGUUGAGGGUUUUUAAUUUGGGGAAUACAUCCCCGGUUCCGGUGUCGGAGCUGGUGGCGAUUCUUGAGAGAUUGCUGAAGGUGAAGGCGAAGAAGAAAGUAGUGGCGAUGCCGAGAAAUGGGGAUGUGAGGUUCACUCAUGCUAAUAUUAGCUUGGCGAGUAAGGAGCUUGGGUAUAGACCCACUACUGAUUUGGGGACAGGGCUAAGGAAGUUUGUUAAGUGGUACCUUGAGUUUUAUCCUGGCUCCAAGAAGAAGAGUGCUUGGCUGCAGAGGCUUUGAUUGAUGUUGAAAGAGUUCAUACAACUGCAUUAGGAGCCAAGAAGAACUAGCGUCAUGAUGAUCUAUCUUUUUUUUUUUCUGGUUUUAAAUCAUGUUGUAAUUUUGCUUCAUUUUCAUCUUCAAUUGUAUUCCUUUUAGUUUAGGCAUUGUACAGUCUUUGACUAGAGACAUCAAAUUGGGGUUUGUUAAUUGUGCAUUCUUUUCUUGUAUGUUUUUGAAUUCAAAGCAUUUGAACGAUAAGAAUGUUCUACACUGUUCCAUUGUCUAUUAA